CAGCAGCUACUCAGUGUAAAGACCUCCUCUACAUCCUGUUUGCAGGACAGCUUGAAGGAAAGGAUCUCACUUCCUGCAGAACAUAGAGGUUCCCACAGCCUCUCAGCAAUGGCUAUGGUGUGUCUUUCAGACUUUGAAGCAUAUGCUAAAAAGUAUUUACCCAAGAUUGCUUGGGAUUUUUUUGCAGCUGGAGCAGACGAUUGUAACACUCGAGAUGAAAACAUCCUGGCAUAUAAAAGAAUUCAUUUCCGGCCACGUAUGCUGCGGGACGUAUCCGUGAUGGACAUUAGGACUAAGAUCCUUGGGAGUGAAAUCAGCUUUCCUGUAGGAAUCGCCCCUACAGGCUUCCACCAGCUAGCAUGGCCUGAUGGAGAGAAAAGCACAGCCAGAGCUGCCAAAGCAAUGAACACUUGCUACAUUGCCAGCACGUACUCCACCUGCACGCUGGAGGAGAUCUCUGCGGCUGCUCCCGGAGGCCUCCGCUGGUUCCAGCUCUAUGUCCACCGCAACAGGGAGGUUUCCAAGAAUUUGGUCCAAAGGGCGGAGGCCUCGGGUUUCCAGGCCCUUGUCCUCACCGCGGAUCUGCCCUACACAGGCAGAAGACGCGAUGAUAUCCGCAAUGGUUUCCGCCUUCCUCCCCACAUGAAACUGAAGAACUUGGAAGGAGCCUUUGAGGGAGAUGACUCUUCUGAGUACGGACUGCCACCCAACAGCUUGGAUGCCUCUGUCACCUGGAACGAUAUCUACUGGCUGCGAAGCCUGACCCAGCUGCCCAUCAUCAUCAAAGGCAUCUUGACGAGAGAAGAUGCAGAGCUGGCAGUGAGACACGGAGUCCAGGGAAUUAUUGUGUCCAAUCAUGGUGGAAGGCAACUGGACGGAGGACUUGCCACUAUUGAUGCUCUGGUUGAGAUUGUGGAGGCAGUACAAGGCAGAGCUGAAGUUUAUUUAGAUGGUGGAAUCCGAAAAGGAAGUGACAUACUAAAAGCACUGGCACUGGGAGCAAAAUGUGUCUUUAUUGGAAGACCAGCUUUGUGGGGUCUGGCUUACAAGGGUGAAGAAGGUCUUCAAGAUGUUUUGAGGAUUUUGCAGGAUGAAUUUCGUUUGUCGAUGGCCUUAGCUGGCUGUGCCAGUGUCUCAGAGAUUGGCCCACACCUUGUUCAGUUCUCAAAGCUGUGAACGUCCUCCUGCAAAAGAAAGCCAGCUGACUCUGAGGUCCCAAACCAGACUGAAGACAGAAGAAGGAGGUGCAGACAUUGAAUGUGCAAUAAGUGUCUCUUAAGGCCUUCAGGAAGCUCCUGAGGAGAUUAAGAAAGGCUCAGUGCCAGCAAAGGCCAUUCUCUGGUUUUAUUGAGACUGAUGAGUUCUUUAACACUUUGGGUAAUUGUUACUUGCUUAAAUACAUUUACUUUAAACUGGCAUUCCCUAGUAUUACUUGUGUUAGGCCUUACUCCCAAUUUCUGUUACAAUGGCAGUCACCCAUGGAAAAAUAUCUCCCUUGCUUCUUGCUGGUUCUACUACAAAACUUUCCUGCCCCAGGCAGUGUGUUGUGGCUGAUAACUUCCACAGCCUGGGCUUUCCUGAAUGUAUUCACAGCAGAUACAGAAACAAAGAUGCACCAGCUGAGACAGACCCCAGCCACCCUUUAUGGUGGUGGAGAGUGUCUUGUGAACCGCUUCUAAAUGCAGACAAGUGAGAUCACUAGUAACCAGAGCAACACCAUGUGCUCCCCAGGAAGAGCUCCUCUUCCUCUGCUGCCCACUUCACUUGCACUGUGAACUCAUCUGAGCAGCAGUCACAACCCACACAUUCUCUGAGCACAGUGCGAAUUCAUGGCAUUGUGUAAGUAACUCACCCAGUGCCCUGGUCUCUGUCCAUGAGUGAACGUGGCCUCCCAAGUAGCACGUGCCCUUUGCUCUCAGGACAUGGUGAAGAGGCAGUGGGGUGCCUGCAGCCAGCACAGACC